AAUUCUAGAAUACAGCAGGAUGAAGACUAUGUAUGCGACAUAUGCCAUAGACAAAAAGGCACAGGAAAAAAAAAUGAUGUUGCUCUUCAAAUAAGAUUAAAGAUAUAUACUGGGCAUUUAAGAUAUAUAAUGAAUUUUGGUCACCUGACCACUGUUUUCAGAAGGGGAAAAUGAAUUUGUCCUAAAGUCAUUUUAGCUCAGUAAAAAUGCACCAGCCAUGAGAAUAGAAAAUGUAUGUUCCUUUUCCCCUGCCGCCGCCAAGUUGCGCAGAGGCGGAAGCUCUGGUGCGUUCAAGAUUCGGCGUCACCCAUAACCUACCGCCAUGGCCGAGGAAGGCAUAGCUGCUGGAGGUGUAAUGGACACCAACACUGCUCUACAAGGGAUGCUGAAGACCGCCCUCAUCCAUGACAGCCUAGCACGUGACAUACACGAAGCUGCCAAAGCCUUUGACAAGCGCCAGGCCCAUGUCUAUGUGCUUGCCUCCGACUGUGAUGAACCCAGGUGUGUCAAGCUGGUGCAAGCACUCUGUGCUGAGCACCAGAUCAACCUGAUAAAGGCUGAUGACAACAAGAAACUUGGGGAAUGGGGAGGCCUCUGUAAAAUCGAUCGAGAGGGGAAAUCACAGAAAGUGGUUGUUUGCAAUUGUGUAGUGGUUCAAGAUUAUGGCAAAGAAUCUCAGGCCAAGGAUAUCAUCAAGGAGUACUUCAAAUGCAAGAAAUGA